AUGCCCCGCAGAUCCUCCGGCGUCCUGCCGAGUCGCACCGAAGGGAACCGACCUCCUCCUCCUCCUUUGAGCUUCCCUAGGGAUCACAUCAACGCCUUGCCGGACCACGUUAUCACCGGCAUCUUCUCGUAUCUGCCCUUCAAAGACGUCGUCAAGACCAGCGCCCUCUCCAGGCGGUGGCGGUACGCUUGGGCGACCGCCACCCCCCACCUCGAGUUCGAUGGAUUCUGGCAUCGCAAUCGCGAAGCCAGCCCCUCGGGCUUCCCGUCCCUCGUCGACAGCGUCCUGAGGCAGUGCACCUCGCCCGCGGUGAAGAAAUUCCACAUCUCCCACUUCAAGUACAACAUGGCCAACCGCCCCAAGCUCGACCACUGGCUCCGCGCCGCAGAGGAGCGCCGCGUGGAGGAUCUCCGCGUGUGGCUGAUUACCAGUUUGCGGUCCCCAUAUGUACUGCCGCAGUUCUUGUUUUGCUCGAAUUGGUUGGUUCGCCUGGAAGUCAGCUUGUGCUGUUUCCCGUUGGGUACGGCUAUUAUGUGGCCUCGUCUUAACGUCUUGUCAAUGGUACAGGUGAAGUUGAGCGAUGAUAUCCUCGAGAGAAUUUUCAGGGGAAGUCCUGUUUUAGAGUCCCUUGAGUUGCGUGGGUGCUGGGGCAUGAAGAACAUUGUAAUAGAUUCAACAAGUGUGAAAGACUUGCUACUCAUCGGCGGCAGUUUCUCUGCCUUGGAGAAAAUUAGGGCCCCGCAUUUGCUGUCGUUGUGUGUAUCAGGGACAUGGUAUCCACUCGAGGGACAAGAGGGUAUAUCACUUGACGAUGCAUCUUCUUUGGUGGAAGCCAAGUUAGAUUUUGUCCUUCCAACUGUUGUGACUGAUGACACGGCGAUGUGCCGCGACUUGUUGAAGGAACUUCUCGAGAAGCUGCGCGGAGUUCCUACAAUCACCAUUGGUGGUUGGUGUUUGCAGGUUCUGUCUCAUUUGGAGAUGGAAGGAGUGCCAUAUCCAUUGUCAAAAUGUCAGAAUCUGAUACUAUAUGCACCAGUUAGUCAAUGGGACCUUCCUGGGAUAGCAUACAUACUGCAAAGUUCACAGUGCCUGGAAAAAUUAGUCAUACACCUGACUAACCUCCCCCGAUCGAAGUUUGAGCUUGAUGAAGAAUCUGAUGGAGAAUCUGAAGAUUGCGUUAACUUUAACGAAGAAGAAUUAUUGUGCUUACGGAAGGGGAACUUCGAAUGUUUGGCAAAACAUCUCAAGAGAGUUGAGAUCAUCGUCAUUGGAGCUGAUAGAUUUGGGUCGAACCGUCUGCUCACCCUGAUUAAGUUUUUUCUCGGGGAUGCACCUGUGCUGGAAAAGUUGGUUAUCAAGGUUAAAUUGCCCACACCCAUUGUUCCGUGGGAACUACUUGGUGUGCGCAAAAAUGUGAACAGCUUUCGAAAAGCGUCCGAAAAUGCCGAGGUUAACUUCGAUUGGGGUCCUCAUAUAAGCAUAUGAAAGUCUGGGUUUCUCGUUGAUCUCAUGGCUACGCUCAUUUGUAUCUAAUUUGACAGUAAAGUUACGUGAAGCGACUGUGUUAAGUUUUUAACAUGUAUCUAAUUUGCUCUUGUUUCGAGUUUUA